CGCCGCUGUCCCAUUAAGCGCAGGCCCCGCCCCCCGGGGCAGACGCGGCGUGAGUCAUAAAGUUUGACGUCCUGCCCAAAGUUUAGACCCGACUUAGGCGAAACUUUUCGGAAAGUGAGAGGCACCGAUUUACGCUGCGAAGUGUGAAUCUCGGUUCAGACUAUAGCCGGCGACGGCAUAGAUCAGCUCUAGAACAACGUCCCCGGCGGGGGGGGGGGUGUUCAGGCUUCUUUUUUCCCUUUUUUCCCUUUUCUCCCCCCUCUUCUUUUUUUCCGCAGCGUCCGCGUUAUGGAAAGUUGAGUGCGGACUGGGUCGGCGAGCGCAGCGCGGAGUAGAUAUGCGCUUUGUUACCUUUACAAGUAUGCCCGCGAGACACAACAGGGAAACGUUUCCUCGCGCCACAGAUUUCGAUAGCUAACACACUUUUUUUCGGGGGGGGGGAGGCGAGGCGGCGGCUACCCGACUCUAGCAUGACUUGGAAUAACUAUUUGUGACCCGCCGUCGAGAUUACCGGUUCUCUUGCCGCGUGAAAAAGGGUUCGGAUUGGUUUCACUCUUGUUUGUUUUUAACCUCGUCCCUUUUUUCUUUUUUUUUUCUUUUUUUUUUUCUCUCUCUCUCUCGGACAAGUCAAGUUACGCGUUUUCUUUGGGAUAAUGGAUCCAAGCCAGCAUAACCCCCCUGCCGGACACCAAAUCGUCCAUGUACGUGGGGACUCCGAGACCGACCUGGAGGCCCUGUUCAACGCCGUGAUGAACCCGAAAAACACCAUCGUGCCCUCCUCCGUGCCCAUGAGGAUGAGAAAGUUGCCGGACUCUUUCUUCAAGCCGCCUGAACCCAAGUCCCAUUCCAGACAAGCCAGCACUGAUGCCGGGACUGCCGGGGCUCUCACCCCCCACCAUGUCCGUGCACACUCAUCCCCUGCCUCCCUUCAAUUGGGAGCCGUUUCCCCUGGCUCUAUGUCUGGCCUGGCCACAGCAGGUGCCUCCCCUCAACACCUCCGUCAGUCCUCUUAUGAGAUUCCUGAUGACAUGCCCCUGCCCCCAGGAUGGGAAAUGGCCAAGACAGCCUCUGGACAGAGAUACUUCCUCAACCACCUCGAUCAGUCCACAACUUGGCAGGAUCCUCGCAAGGCCCUCCUCCAGAUGAACCAGCCUGCUCCUGCCAGUCCUGUGCCAGUCCAACAACAGAACCUUAUGAACCCGGCCAACGGUCCUCUGCCUGAAGGCUGGGAACAAGCCAUUACAUCAGAGGGGGAAAUUUACUACAUUAACCACAAGAACAAGACCACCUCCUGGCUGGACCCACGACUCGACCCGCGUUACGCCCUUAACCAGCAGAGGAUCUCCCAGAGUGCCCCGGUGAAGCAAGGAGGGCCACUGCCCCCCAGCCCCCACAGCGGAGUCAUGGGGGGCAACAAUCAGAUGAGGCUGCAGCAGUUGGAGAAGGAGCGGCUGAGACUGAAGCAACAGGAGAUGCUUCGCCAGAGGCCCCAGGAGCUGGCUCUGAGGAAUCAGCUGCCCACCAGCAUGGAGCAGGAUGGCGGUAAUCCAAAUCCUGUGUCCUCCCCUAUGGCCCAGGAUGCCCGGACCAUGACCGCCAACAGCUCUGACCCAUUCCUCAACAGUGGGACCUACCACUCCAGGGAUGAGAGCACAGAUAGUGGCUUGAGUAUGAGCAGCUACAGCGUCCCUCGCACUCCAGAUGACUUCCUCAACAGCGUGGAUGAGAUGGAUACAGGGGACUCACUUCCAGCCUCCAUGGCCACACAGCCCAGCCGUUUUCCUGACUACCUGGAUGCCAUCCCUGGAACAGACGUGGACCUGGGCACCCUGGAAGGCGAGAGCAUGGCAGUGGAGGGGGAAGAGCUGAUGCCCAGUCUCCAGGAAGCCCUGAGCUCCGACAUCCUCAACGACAUGGAGUCUGUGUUGGCAGCUACCAAGAUUGACAAGGAGAGUUUCCUGACAUGGUUAUAGAGCUCCCUGGCAGGGCGCUCCUUACUUUUAACCCUACACUCUGAACUGCUGCCUGCUCUAAUCUGUGAAGGAUGCGUAGAUGCUUACACAAGACAUUUCAUCAAGCCUCUCUGGACAUCUAUCGCCGUCUUGGCGUAGAAGACCAACCUCUUUCGAGGCAGUGAUGCUCUGUUCUUUUUCUUGCUGUUUAUCUCUUUAUAUUUUUGUCUGUGUCUUCAAGGCUGGCCCAUGAACAGACAAUUUCUCAAGGGUCCCCAAAUCUUCCACAAGUCUGUCAGUGAAUCAAGGGUGUUAUUAUGUGGGGCAGGGGUUUCUCCUUCCCCUGGUCUCCCCUCAUAGCUGAGCUGGGUGGGUGCGUCUUCUUCUGAACGGACUACCAUCAUCCAUACUUAUCUGGAGCCUCGAGUGCCUCUUUUCCUGCAAUCUAGUGUGAAGCAGCACCACUUGACUGAUUUUUUUUUUUGGAAGGGGGGGGGGGACUAUUGCUUCUCGCUCAAAUAGCAUUAUAUUUGGCCUUUCUAUGUUUUUACUCUUUUAUUUUCAGUGAGCCUGACAAACCAAAAAUGAUGUAUCUGAAGCAAAAAGAGCAAUACUGAUUUGGAGUAAAGGUAACACGAGGCCCAGUUCGGACACGUUGGCUUAGGAGUUGGGGAUGGGAGAUGGGGGUGAAGGUUGGAGCCUGGGGACCUACUACAUUGCUGCUUGGCUGUGCCAGCAAGUCUAAGUUAAACCUUUGUCAAAUCAAGUGCCUUCAGUUGUAUUUUUUUUGAGAAACGAGCAAAGCAAACAAUUACCGAGUUUCUGUAUUGCACCAAUAAGCAAUAUCUAAGGGGGCUAUAUUCUUGAAUAUCAACCACAUUCUCCUAUGUAUGCUAAUGUCCAGUAAUCAAAACUGUAUUUGUUUUAUAAACUCGUAUUAUAAUGGGAUUUGGGGAUUUUUUUUUUUUUUUUAUCGAACCCUACUUUCUUUGUAUUGCAGUCUUACCCACGCCUAAUUCAUGAUUCAUUCUUUGUUGUUUCAUUUUAGUCAUUCUUUAUAUUAGGGUAUUACAUAUGUAUUAUAGCUUAGAUCAAAUGGCCUUUUUGCUUUUGUUUUUAACAUCUUUUAAUAGAUGAAUUAAUCCUUGUCAACAGGGUCGACGUUCAAGCACAUCACUUAAGCAGAUAAUGUUCACUAAGAUGGAGUCUUCCAGCACACAGACUUGAUUCAGUUUUGGCUCAUCCAUCACCAGCUGAUUGAUUCUAUCCAUGUCUCUCGAUAUGUUAUGUAUGUAUCGGUGUUAUCGUAUGCCUAUUGAUACCACACAGCUUCUUUUUUUUUUAAUCUUAUGUCAAGAUAUUCUCAAACAUUAACCAAAAAAACAAAAAAAAGGUAAAUCAGUAGGUUAAACAGAAACAGUAGCUCUCGAUCAAUGAAGCAUCAUCAACACUACAGUACGGAGGAAAUGUUUGAAACUAUCUUCCUGAACAGGAGCCUGUGCCUUCAAGGUGUGUGUGUGUGUGCGUGUGUGUGUGUGUGUGCGUGUGUGUGUAUAUGCUGUGCUGCGUUGAAAUGAGGGCUGCUCAAAGACAACGGCUUGGAAAUGUUUUAGCAGGUUAUCGGGUCACGUCAGGAGGGGUAACGUAGAUGUAAGUCAGGGUUCGACGGACAAUGGUGGGUUACACAGACAGUAGACUUUCUCAGUACACAAACAAGAGGAAACAAUCAGUCGUGAUUUCAGUCAGGAAUUGUUGUGACAUAUUCCAAAGAUGUUUUUUUUUUUUUGUAACGAUUCUAACAAUUGUUCCUGCUUUCCCUUUCCACGAGUCCAGAAACAGUAUGAUUUAUAAUCAGCCUGUGUAUGAACAAAAUGUAUAAGCUAAUGAAAAAAAAAAGUUUUUUUUUCGUGUGUUAAUGGAUAUGUCUGAUUAAGUAUAGCUGAGAAAUCCAAGUUAUUGACAAGAUGGCUAUUUCGAGUGACUAACCCUGGGAUUUAAGGACAAGCAGAACAGAGAAGCCAGUGAUUCUUUCGUAGCGCUCACAUGUUUACAAUUCAGCCACAGCGAUGAACUGCUAUACAGCCGUGGUGGAGAAAAUACAGCGACGAUUCUUACUCCUGAUCAGAUUAUUUUGAUUAUUACAUGUUUACACAAUGGCAACAUUUUUUUUACAUCACUGCAGUACUCAUAGCAUAAUCAGCCUACCAUGCAUGUCCUCAAAUGAGGAUGCCUUACAGUAUGUGAUAAUUAAAUAUAUAUAUAUAUAUAUAUAUAUAUAUAUAUAUAUAUAUAUAUAUAUAUAUAUAUAUAUAUAUAUAUAUAGCAAGCCAAUACACAAAAUUGGCAGUAUUAACUUGAUGGAACAGAAUUGCUUAGAUCGUAGAAAGAAAAAUGAACAAAAAUUAUGUUGUGAGAACAAAUGAUGUUUCAGAAACUUCCAAUGGUUUGGAUUUUAUUGAUCAUUGAACCGUGUAUUGAUGGUUGAUAAGAUGGAUAAGCAGUGUUGGUGAGAACAAUGCAACUAAAAUGACUUUUUUUUUUAAAGAGAGUGGUACACUACAGUGCUUGUAUUGCACGACUACAGAAUUUUCACUAAAAGAUGAGUUUUGUCACAGAAACCUAAUUUUAUGCUUAGUUAGUGUGUAAUUGUCGGAACAUAGUAACUGUUGACUGUCUUUGUAGCAGUAGAACUAAUCACACAGUUAAAGGAUUUUGUAUUUAGAUUGUUCUAAAUGCACAUGAAAUGAAUUUAUAUUCAAUAAUGAUCUGUUCUUUUUUUUGAUAGAUAUAUGUGCAUGUGUUUUAGAACCAUAAAUUCUGUUACAUUAUAUCUCCGCAUAUGAUACUUUGAAAUUGGUCUGAAAUAAAGUAUAUACUUUGUGGUAACAGUUCUCCUUUGUAAUUUCC